GUUCUAGGCGUCACAUUGUAUCCUCGAGCACGUCCUUUCGUCUUUCUGGUAUUAACCCGCGUGCCAGUAUCCACGUUCCGACCACGACCACGAGUUCCCUCGCAGCGAAAUUCGAAAUCAACGCCAAGUCGUUAACAACUCCUGAACGUACGAGCGAUCUGUACUUUCGAGGGCGACGAAAGUCGAGAUAAUCGAGGAGGAAAGGAUCGCAGAGUCGUUUGGAUCGCGUUUGGAAGAGGAUCCAGAGGCUCCUCUGGAGGAGCAGUGGUGCGAAGACCGGUAAGGACCUCGAAGAGGAAGGAGUUGAACCCUUGGAGCCGCGUACGCGGAUGCUGUAAGCGGACAAGAAUCUUACGAAUUCCAAGUAGAGAAGAAAGGCCAGAGAGAUGGGGAACGGAGUGAUUCCACUGGUGGUGGUGGCCAUGGUGCCCAUCAUCGCUGGUACCAUUGGCCAGCGUGCUCUCGGCAAGAGGAGCAUCCAAGGGAACCUCGACUUUCCAGACUAUGCUACCAAGUACGACGAGUAUCCGGUGGUAGUGCCGAAGAGGGCGGCCCUCCUGCUUGAUCGACUAAUGGUCGCGCUGCAGAAGGUUGUCGAUAACCAAGACAGAGGAGAACUUGGUAGCGUUAGAUCCUUCGGGAGAUCUUCGGGACCUCAUCUGCCAUCCAGCGACUCGCAAAUUGUCCCAUCGGCAGACGAGGAAACCGUCAAGAUGGACCUUCAGCGACGCGGACAAUCGAAAGGACGGGUUUACUGGCGUUGCUACUUCAACGCUGUGACGUGCUUCAAGAGAAAGUGAUAACGAGCAGGCGUGUAACCAGCCUCAGCCUCGACUUCGAAACCCGACUCGACGACUUCGUAUCGCCUCGCCCAGCUCUGCCAGUCGCAACGUGGUCGAGAAUUCCUCGCGUGCUUUUCCGAUCUGAACACAAACAAAUAAAUCGCGAAGCCAAGACAAACUAGGCCCUAAUUCCAACUUGAUAAUUCUACCUUUCCUUACGAGUCGGGAUUACCCACUUGCCCUAACUCCCCUUCGUCUACCUCUCUAACGCUCUUCUCUUCCCUUACAAGCAUCGACGACUGGGAGAGCAAUGAAUAUACGAAUCACUGUGUCAAAUAUUUGUUUCCCUGACUUAUAAAGCGGUCGGCAUACCAGUACCCAUUAAAAGUGUAUACAUAAUCAAAGCGUAUCAAGCAAGACGAAACCUACUAUGGUCGUUCAAUUUAGUUCUAAAUUCAAGCGAUCCUUCAUCGAUAAAUACUAUCCUUGAUCGAUUUCCAUCCACUGUUUCCUAAAUUUCUCACCAACUCGCGUAGAAGGUAAUUCGGUCGUACUAAGGAUACGUUCCAUGAGACGAUAAGUGUAUCUAACAACCACGUGAAUACAUGCAGAUGUAACAAAAUAUCUACCGGUAUGAUACUUGUAUAUAAAUAGCAAGGAAUCAUUUUACAAUUUAAAAAUAUAAGUAAUCAAGGUUAGAUCUACAGAAUGAAGUACAUUGCGGGUAAUUAACUUUAAAAUUUUGCUCGCGUGGCAAGCUCUCUUUUCAACUAAAUUCAUCUCGUGGAAGGUACUACAUUAUCACG